AUGUUGUCCCCAACGACGACUAAAUAUCUAGAGGAACUGAACCUCUUUGAGGCGAAUUGCAAGUCCUCCGACCAACAACUUCUCUCACUCUACGAGCGCUUCAAGACCUCCUACUGUGGUAUAACGGCGACAUCCUCGACACCGUCUAUCGACUUCCGCAUCUUCGCACUCGCUCACAUCGAACCAUACCUCACAGAAACCCUGUGCAGACUUCUCCAUCGGUCGACAAUUGAGAAAAUUCCCACGGCUGACAACGUCAAGAAUCGCCUGCAAAGUCUUGCUGUUGGGCUGGAUACUCAGCCGCAUGUCCUUAUUGAAUUCCUUGGACGCGAAAUCUGUUUGAGCCGUGCAGCUAUCGGGCACACCCAAGACUGUCUCUCUGUUCGCCCAGACCUCCGCCUCCCCGACCUGCUCCAACUCCUCUACGACGAGCAGGCCAAGGUGCUCAACCAAACAAAGGGACUGCGCCAGGUCACCGACAUUACCUUGUUACGACGCGUAAGGGCAUCUCUCAACCCGGCUGUUGCCAAGACAAAGAAGCUCACCGUUUCCCGACCUGGGUCUCCCCCCGGCGUUCAUCACCCAUUCCAGGACGGGUGUGCCGACGACAUCGUCAACGGAAGUAUGGCCAAUCUACGCCAGCCACCCCGCAAGACGUUGCCGGCGGCUUCCGAAACCCACAAACACAUGCACGUUGAUAGUGCCGACACCAUUGUCGGAUCAGAUCAGUCUGUAGAUGACGAUGAGUCAUUCUCAUUUGCUGGCAGCGGGCGGUCCUCGCCAGAUAAUUCGCCCGAAGCGGGACGAAGAGCGGGGUCGUGGUCCGAGGACCAAGAGACAGUUCAAUCCCGCAGCCAACAGCGAAUCAAACGUCCGCGGCUAUCGCCAGUACCAGAGGCUGGAGACGAGAUGGUACAGACAGGCAGCACUCAACAGAAACCGCCGCCUCACGAAACAGAGCCAGCUAGAGACGAGAACAUGAAGACAGGCAGCGCCCAUCAGACACGGACGUCUCGAGAUACACAGCGAGAGCCAGGAACUGGACCAGAGAGCUCCAGAGCCACCACUGUAGCAGACAUGCUCAAGGAGACCACGGCGGAGGUCAAGGCACCGCAGGGCGAUUCGAAACAUAUCAAGGGGCCAAAGGGCGUGCAACGAGGCUCGGCGCAGACAGACAGCGCCCACCAGACCCUGACGUCUCGAGACACACAGCCAGAGGCACGGCCACGGAGCCCCAAGGCCGUCACUGUGGCAAACGAGCUCAAGAAAACCACGAAGCGGGCUGAGUCACAGCAGGGCGAUUCGGUAAAUGGCGAGGGAUCAAACGGCGUGCAACGAGGUUCGGCCGAAUCCUCUGUCCAUCCAAAGCCUCAGCAGGUCUCUUUGGACACCCUGCUCGCGGGCCUGCAUUGCCUAGACGAUGGUAGAUUGCUGAACGACGCCGUCGUCAACAUCCUCAUUGGAACUCUCGCAUGUGACAGCGUGGCCGUCAUUGACAGUCUCCAGCUCACUAGCCCCUUCAAACCGUCCCCGAGUCUACAGAUGCGGCUGUUGGCCUUGCGUGAAACGAACCUCAUUGUCAUGCCAUGCUUCCACCGGCAAAGCAAGCAUUGGCGGCUCUUUAUCCACCUGAGAGGUUCAGACUCUAUCGCGGAGCUUGACUCGCUGAAUCUUCCCAACCAGCAGGGAGUCAACACAGUGCUUCCGAUGGUGGCGCAGAUCCGUGGCCCUUCCGGUCCCACGAGAGUUGAGAAGAUCCGGUGCGCCCGACAGGGCAACAACAUCGACUGUGGUGUAUUUAUUGUCGCGUUUGCCAUGAAGAUUGCGUCCGCCACGGCAUUUCCUCCGCCAGGCCUCCAAGACCAAAUCGACGUGCCCUUCUUGCGGCAAAGUUACAAGAAGAUGCUACUGACAUCCACCCUCGCCAGUCCCCCAGCGGCCCUUUUUGCUUUCCACCCUCUGCAACGAUCACAACCGGAGCCACACAACGGUCUACUAGGAUCGGACAGCAACGUCAUUAACUUCCAACGGCGAUUAUGGGACAAAUGCCGCCAUUUGAGAGCCCUUAGAGACUUCGACAACAAUCGGAUCGCCAGUUUACAACUGCAAUCCGAGCUCAUCCAGGCUUCAGCAAUCUGCUGUACCGCAGGCCUCGUCGAUAUGCACCGUUGGCAUGCUACCGCGAUAGAUGAGGCAACCAGAGUGGCCACUGCCAGGCGGACGCUCUCUGUUGUGACACGAAUGAGGGGUCAGAUGGUUGAUCUCCUUGCGGACUGUUCUGGAACCGAGAACAGAUACCUUUCCGCCCAGCAGCAAGUGGCUCUUCGGAUGAUGGGAUCUGCCAUCGGCACGGCCAUCAAUGAGUUUCCCGAUCAUACUGGGCCAAGCGCCCAGGCCCAAACCCAGUCCCUGGAAUGGAGUCUUUGGACACAAUGCGUCGUCUGGUGGCUAACGGCAAGGCGUGCUACAAAUCUGUGCCACAAGCUACAGAAGGAGUGGCAUGCUAACCACGUACAGUUGGCCGACGCGAGGAGAGCUGAGGUCGAGGCAAUGGGAAUCAUGCACGGGAACAUUUGA